GGGAAUAAUCUCAAGUUUAUACCCUUUUGCAAAAGGGGUACCCCUCCUUCACAACAUAAAAACCGACAAGGAAUCGCUAUCGCUACUCCCUCUAUCCAAACCAUACCUGUUGUUAAUUGCUCAAGCCGAGCCGGUACCUUACGUGGGGGCAGCUUUAGAAAAAGCCUCCAGGGGGGUCCCGGCCCAUACCUACCAAGUUUCACUGAUCGCCCUAGCGAACUAAGUCCUUCCGUAGUAGGCCUAGUUUCACCUUCAAGAGAGUAACUAGCAAGAUCCACCAAAAAGACGGAACUACGGGUGAGAGAAGGAACUAUGAUAAAGCUUUAGUGGAGGUGCGCCUUCCGGCGAACAGAAAAGAGAGAUACGAAGGAGUAAUGACGAAAGGUUGAUUGUUCGUAUGUUCAGUGAUGGCGAGCCUUCAACCAAUAAUAAAUACCUGAAAGAAGAUGCGUAGGCCUUCAAUCAUGGUGCAAUGAAUAUCGUAGAUAGAGUGAUGGAAGAAGUUCGAUCUCAUAUAGCUAGCUGGAGUCUUUCCUUUCAAAGUGAAACGAUUUUCCUUUUACGUUGAGAUAUUAGAAUUGGAUUUUCUUUCACCACUACUAUCGUAACGCACAGAAAACACUGACGUUUCCGCUCGCUUUCAACCACUGCCACUUUACCUGAGCACUGUGACGCAGUCGGUCAAGUAUUGAGUUUCUGCUAGUAUAUCAAGGACUUAUGAGAACUGAAAAGAAAAAAACUAGGCAAAGGAAUUCUCAUAGUUCAUUGAGUUAAGGGAGGACCAUUCGUGGGGGGUUCGUGGAAGAGUUGGGUUCGAUUCCCUUUAUACGCGAUGUGGCGAAAAAGACUGAUUCAACGAAAUAUGCCAUUAAGAUUUAAAACGUGUCGUCUACUUCCAGGAAAUGUUCGGAACAGAGAACUUUCUCUAAUCCAACGCCGCAUUCUCCGAAGAUUGAGGAACAAGAGGAAAUCCAUUAAAAGAAAUCUUUCUCAGAGAGAAAAUCUAAACAGUAACAUCAAAUCACAAACUACACGAAAGUUGUCCCUUUAUUAUGGGGAUUUACCCAUAAGGGAGAUGCACAGAGGAAGAGAACGAACUUCAUAUAUCCCUUUUUUACUCAAUCAAGAAACAAGAUCGGACGUGAUUCCGGUUCGUCUCCAUUUUUGUGACACUCUUCCUCAAGCAAGGCAGCCGAUAAGUCAUCGAAGGGUUUGUUUGAAUAAUGGACUGGUAACCAUUACUCAUUUGAAAGUUUCCCACGGUGAUCUAAUAUCUUUUCAAGAAAAUGACGCGAGAACCCGCGGUGAAGAAAUAAGGAGAUCUUUCUAUAUCGACAUAUCAGUUGGAAAAAUCAUAGGCAAAUUACUACCGGGCAGAAUCUGGAGAAGAACAAAAACAGAAUGGUUCCGCUUACUCACAACUCAGAGGGGAUGCCGCUUACUACUCAAAUCCUGGUUUUUGCAAGAGUUGCGUUCUUAUAUGCAAGAAGAAGACUUCGAAAGAACAAAGAAGUUUGGAUCCGCAAAAGUAUGCUUAGGCAGUUCCUUCGCUGAGCACAACAGAAUGAAGAGGAAUUUGUUUCAUUUCAAAUACUUCUUCUUAUUGAAAAGAAGGAAGGAGGAAGAGGAAUUGAUAAGAACAAUAGGGGAAGCGGAAAACCGAAAAAGAGCAAUAAGUCCUUUUGUUUACAAGUCUUCUUUAUAUAGAAAUUCGACCUAUUGCUCCGGAUCCCCGUUUACUAGGAAGAUAAGAAUCAAAAGGAUCGAACUACCUACUCAUUAUUCGGAGGUGAAUCAUAGAACACUAAAAGCUGUGGUAUCUUAUGGACCUAACAUAGGUCACAUCCCUCACGACAUAAGAUUGAAAGAUCUAAACCUUCCUCUUCGGAGCGGAAACGGACCUGGCCAAAACAUAUAAAAAAAGAUCGGCCUAGUCGCUCAUAGGGACAUAUCUAUCCGGAUAGAGGAUAGUCUAGAUCAAUUUAAAAAAAAAUCUCUCUCUAUAUAGAUAGGUAUCUCUGUGGAUAGAGAUAAAGAUAGGGAUCCCUAUAAAUCGAAAUAUGGAAAAAGUGCACUUUUUGACUACUACUACUAUUUCUUAGACUUUUUCAAGGAAACAUCGUUUUUUCGAUUUUUACUGAAUUGGUCGGAGCGUAGACGAGCGAGCAGAGCCCAGGAAAGAGGUCAGAUCGUCAUAGAGCAGUCGACUAUAAGUAUAAGACUGCUGGCCUGAGAGAAGGCAGUCUUUCUCGGGAAAAUGGCCUAAUUUAUCUUCUUUCUUUUCACACGGGUGAUGAAAGCACCCCGGGGGGUGAUUGACUGUUCUGUUGGAGUGGCAGAACAUAAUUGAGUGCCCGGCCCUUCUCACUAUAAGGAGACUUUGUCCCUUUGUUGCCCGAUGUCACACUUGUCAGUUGGUGAAGAUUGAGCAUCAGAGGCCAAAUGAUUGUUAUUCCACUUACAGUACCUCUAUCGAAGCAGAACAAGUCUAAUAUUCCACCCCCUGUUUUCUGGGAUUCUAUUUCGAUCCAAACCCGACACAUCCACUGCACGAUCCUUUUCAGCUGUAGUUCCGGGAUUGGAUUUACAAGGGGGGCGGGAAUUCUUUGUUAGCUUUAUAGCAAUCCGGUUCAAAGCCAGAUUGGCCCACUUAUUCGAAUAGAAAGAAGAGGAAGACAAACUAGCCAAGGGACAGAAAAAGGUAGAGACCAACCACCGAAACAAGGGAGUAAGGGCUAGGGGUAUAUGGGCCCAGAAAGGUCCGAUGUAUCGGUCAGCUAUACCUAAUCCUUCACUCAAAAACGCAUCACCCUUUGUAGGAUCAAGCCGAAGUCAAGCAUGAUCACCUACUGCAAACCCCAAAUAUCGUGCUCGGCGUACCUGGUCCUGAGCAGCUUUUAAUCUAGAAUAAGUGGAAUCUUCUCGGCACUCUCCUUCAUCUUCUGUGGCCCCGUCGGUCGGUACGUGCCAACCCCAACAAAUCGGGGUACGACAAAGGUUCCCGUAGAGUGCUUCGAAAGGUGCCAUUCCGAUGCUAGAGUGAUAGCAGUUGUUGUAAGCAAACUCGGCUAAUGUAUCUCUAUGCCAAUUUAGUAGGCCUGCUCAUUGAUGCUCUUCGGGUCGAUUGUAUGGGAUGUGAAUCGUUCAGGUAGGCAUCUCGGGACCAAAAAUCAGAAUCAAGGGCAUGACCGAAACCGGUGAUUAAUGCUCCACCCUCGGAGCUCUUAGAAAACUUCCUUUUCUUUGAGAAGCAGAACAAAGUACCUUUAGGAGACCUAGUUAGUGACUGGGCAGGACAGGUCAGCAGGUCUUUCAUGAACAGAGGAGCCAACCCUUAUGGGAGUGCCAAAGAAGUGUUCUUGUGUCCCCCCAUGGGCAAGGCAAUCUCGGAAUAGGUGGAAGUGAGGUAAACAAGCCAAGGAGCGGCUUCGUGGACAGGGGUUCGUGGGACUAGAAAUAAGAGAAGAAUCAAGGCCAUGCUCGGGUCUGCCCAGGCGUGGAACAAUCUUCCUCUGGUACAAAGGCGCAAUGCAAAUUCAUUGUCAAAUCGUCUUCACGCCAUCUGCAUUCAGUUGAAGAAUGUCAGAAUAUCAAUGCCUUUCAUCAUGAAAUCAAACGCGGAGUCUGUAACAGUUUUGAUCAAUCCGUCGAAUUGGGUAUCAUAGGCUAUCUUGGUUCGGGGAUAUCUUUGCUCUGUCACGGUACGAAUGAGAUAAAAUGUGGGUUAAGCUGGAGAUGCUACUGGUGAUCGGCCAUCUAGCUCUAAGCGGGCCCCUUAAGGUGGUCAUCUUAUUCUAUCACCAACAUUUUGUGUAGCUCAUACAAAGUCAGCAUAGCUAGCAGCUCUAGCACCCAUCCCUAUCGUUCUCGAGGGCGAGAGGCCAACAAUCGAUAAAAUCUAUCCAUCGAUUUAUGCAGUUCCAUAAAAAAAGGGAAGAAAUUCAUUGCUGAGGGAUAAAUGAGCCAUGAACAUGAUGAGAAAAGCACGUGGUAACAAAAUCGAAUGAAAGUACUGCCUAUUACUGAUCGAAACCUAGCGCAUCAUGUUUCGAGUCGCCAGGUGUUUAUUCUCUUGGAAGCUAACCUACUCUCCCACCCUAUUCUAUCUAUCUUUCCUCUUACUAGUAGGAUCGGAGAUGGUCGUACCACUGAAAUAUGGCACGAUCAGUGGAUAGAUGGACUACUGAACAAUGAAGCCGUUAGGGAGAAUGACUGAUGACCCAGUUCAGUUAGUUGCCGAUCUCAUGUUGCAGACGUGUCUGUCUUGCAAUCGGAGGGGCCGGCCGGAUUCCCUACAAAUAAAUUCUGUAUUAAGAAACGAAGGAAGAGUGCGCGUUCGGACCUCAACUAGUCUCCGUGCUCGUCGGGGCCAGUUUUAAGCUUUCAGAGAGUGGUCAUCAUACCCUUGCUUUCAGGCUUGGGCUUGGCGGAUCCUCUAAGUAAUGGGUACGUAGGUUUUGUGUCUGUCUUAUGUCAUCCUGGUGAUUUAUCAUCGGAAUAGCUCAGUUCGAGGGAGGGGAGAGUGGCCGAGCGGUCAAAAGCGACAGACUGUAAAUCUGUUGAAGGUUUUCUACGUAGGUUCGAAUCCUGCCUCUCCCACUUGUUGUAGACUUAAGAGAAGAGAAAGUAGGCGGAAGCCUAGGAGGGCCAACCGAGCGAAGCUCUUUCUUUUUUUGGCCGUGCCGUGAAGUGCAAUUUUCUCGUAUGCGUUUUAGAGAGGUUGUCGAAAAAAGACGAUCUAUAGAGAUUCCCAAUCGAGAAUAGAAGCGAGUCGCUUCCGGCGUCGGCUUGUAGUCUCUGCAGUCGGCACACGCACGCGCCCGCCAUCAUGCCUCCUUGGUUCGGGGCGAAGCCAAGCGAGACAUACGAUAGACGAAGGAAGCGCCCACCCAGCAGGAGGGCUAAAACCUGUAGUUUUGAAGUUGCAAACUCCAGCUUCGAAGCUGGAGUGCUUUAGUUUUGAAGCAAGAAUCACCGUCUUGAGCGCCUUGCGCGCUCAAGAACAAGCGAUGAGCGCUUUGUUGCGCCUGUGCUGUGCGGAUACGUUUUCUUGCUGGGGAAGGCUAGUUUGAUCGAGGAUUGGGGAGGAGAGGUGGAAUAAAAAGCUCGGGAUGGAUUUUGGAGUCUUUGUGCGAGCCGUAUGCGGUGAGAGUCGCACGUACGGUAAGGAGGGGGGUUCGCGUCUAUACGUGUAGUGUGGUGGUUGGGCCUACCCACCCUAUUUGUUCCAUGAUCUAUGGGUCUACUGGAGCUACCCACUUCGAUCAAUUAGCCAAGAUUUUGACCGGAUACGAAAUCACUGGUGCUCGAUCUAGUGGUAUUUUUAUGGGGAUUCUUUUUAUCGCUGUAGGAUUCCUAUUCAAGAUUACUGCAGUUCCUUUUCGGGCGGCUGUAGGACGGACGGCCCCCUAUAGGUAGUAGGGUAGGAUGGGUGGUACCGCUCAGAUAGCGGCCAAUCCUCCUAACUGCGCGCGGGCCGGGCUUAGAGCGCGUGAAACUCAUCACUACCUCGUAAGGGCGUUGAGACCAUAGCAUGUUACACAAAAGCGCCGCUUUCUCAGGAGUGUUGUCACACAGCUGCCCGACUAGAAGAGCUACUCGCUCUGUAGUGUUGUCACACAAGAUAAGCACGCCGCCCGCCUGCUGGCCGGGCGAAUCGAAGUUAUCUUCCGGUCAACUGUCCACCCAGUCAAGUGCAAAAACACAGUGGAAUCACGCAACGCACGCUGCUGGUGUGCUUCCUGCCCACGAGGAAAGAAGAGCGACAAGGUUCAGAUUUGACUGUUUGCAGCAUGGGAGCUGAUUACCCAAAAAAUCCCUGGGAAAAAAGAAAAGAUAUCUCGGUAACGAAAACCAUAGGAGGCUGUAUUGGCGAGAUCCAAGGGUUCCCAGCAGCCCAAAAGAAAACCCGCCUGGAAGUCCGAGGACCUUUAGUACCGUACCGAACCAGCAGCCUUCGCGCCAAGCGACGACCGCCCUUGUCCCUUUCCUUUUUCCAUUCAGCCUACUUCUUAGCUUUGUUCCGUCAGUCUAAGGCAAAGCUUAAGUGGUUCGCCUACCUUACCCACUUGAUGAAAGGGAACGAACUUCGUUUCCUUGACGGUUUUAUGGAUGGAUUCAGUCAGCCUCACUCCUUCCUUUUGAAAAGUGACGCUUUGCGUCUUCGCUUCCGAGGGUUAGGGUAUAGGCCGUUUCGAGCAAGCUUUCGCUUUUUCUCCCGGCUUUCUACAACUUUCGCUUUAGCUUCGCGACCCAAUGACCUUUCCGGAAUUUUAAGUAUUCGUCGCCCUACCCUAAGAAAGAAGUCACUAUAAAACAGCUUGCCCUCCUGAAGUACCAAAGGUGCGCGGAGCCCGGUGAAAAUGAAUAUGUUUGCUACUGAAAGAAGCCUGCCUAUUGACUAAUAUUCGUCUUUAGAAUGAAAGUAGCUAUGAAGCCCAAUCUACUGUCGAUUCAAAAGAGGGCAUAGUCGUAUGGGUGGGGUGUUUGUGGGGAGCUGCCUUGGAUAUGAGGAAUUCCUCAAAAAAAA